AUGAAGGGCCGGCAGCGGAGGUGCAGGUGGGUUCAGCCCUGGACCCUGCUCUUGCUUCUCUUAGGUCCACGGCUCCUGGUGACUUAUGGCUGGCGUCCGCAAGGGUACGAGAAUAGUGAAAACAGAAAUACCUUGGAGCUUUACUUUCCUGCCGUCGUGGAGUAUGUCUUACACGUGUACAACCUGAGGAGCCUGGACAGGAAUGCUUACAAAGUGGUGCGUGUACUGCAGUCGUGGCAGGAGUUGAGAGAAAUAGGCCUGGUGUUCUCCAUGGAGCUGCAGUUCGCCCGAACCAGGUGCAGGAAAUUUGAUGAAGACAUCGACAACUGUCCUUUUCAAGCAACUCCAGACGUGAACAAUACCGUCACCUGCUUCUUCAUGGUCGACUGUGAACCCUGGGCGACCAAGUUCCAACUCCUGAACGACACCUGCUUGGGGGGCUCCGCCGAGUGA